AUGCACGAGUGCCAGGCCAUGUACUCCGCAGCGUCUUCCGCCAGGAUCAACUGGGCCAAAGGUUCCAGACUACUGGUCGGUCCGUGGCAGGUGGACUCCCUGCUGGAGGAGUUACGGGGGUUCAGCUGGAGUACCACCCAUCUCCUCUACCUGGGGAUCUACCUCAGCCUGGCUGAGGAAUCCUGGUCGGCAAACUGGCAGGAGCUGGACGCCAAAGUCUCGGCUCGCCUAGGCCACUGGACAGGACCGCUCCAAGUGCUAUCUUACAGGAGUCGAGUGCUGGUGUGUAACCUCAACUACGACAUGCAGCUCCUGUUCAUCGACUGUGACAGUUUGGAGGUCACCCUCGAGACACUGCCUGUCUUUUUACCAGGACCUGAUCACUGUCUGGAACGUGGUCGAACCACGUCGCACCUAUCCUCUGGCAGAAGUAGCGGCUGUUGUCAGGGAGCCGUUGCUCAGGAAUCAGCACCUCCGUACUCGUGGGUUCGAGUGGCUGUCGGAGGGGAGGGCCGUGGCAAACAUCGAGGAGUUCCUUCCUGGAUGAAAGAGCGUGCUCAACGUCGGUGUAGAUGGAGGGGACUUUACCCAGAAGGCCGUGCGCGUGAGACAGUCCUCUAUGAACCGAGCGGACGAAGCAAUCCCAGAAGGCGGCGGGGCGUGCAUGCGCAGCUGGUUCGCUACCCUCAGUCGAUUGUGGGCCGUGGAGGUGACACUAUGUCAGCUGCUCCUCGAAGUCGCCUGUUGCGGAAUGUACCUCAGCUAAUCAGUCAGCAGGACUUCUGUUUCUGCUCCUACCUACGAUGUUGCAGAAAUGUGACCUUUGCACAAAGCCGCAGUCUAACUACUGCAACUAGCCAAGUAAAUGUGCAGAAACCCUUGGGAGAAAAGCGAAAAUCUGGCAAAACUCCAGUACUCCGCAAUACAAGUAAAACCUGGGAAGAAAGGUUGGCUGAUGCUGUGACUCCACUCUGGAGAAUGAACUACGAGGAGCAGCUGCAGGUUAAAUAUGAAGCUCAAAAGAGGACCCUUCAGCUUUUAACUGCCAGCCUCCCCAGUUGUGCUAGGACUGAGGACCUGUGCUGCCCACUGCAAUCAACUCUCCCCUCGGUAGAUAUCGCCUGGACACCUGAGAUCUGUUUACUGUGCCACUCUUCAUUGCAGCCAGUUACUGUUGGGUAUCGCAACAAGUCAACUUUCUCUGUGAACAGAGGGCCUGAUGGCAAUCCCAAAACAGUUGGGCAUUACAUUGGAACUGGCAAAGGGAGAAACAUUGUUUGUACUCAUUCAGAUCACUUGGUGAAUAUGCCCGAGAAACACAAGCAAGUGGCCAGAAGUUAUGAGCAGUUCAUCCAGCUUUCUCCACUGGAGCCUUGCAUCCUGUUCCAUGAAGGAGGACACUGGCGAGAAAUCACCGUUCGCACCAAUAGGAAAGGAGAUACGAUGGCUAUUGUCUACUUCCAUCCUCAGCAUCUAGAGAAGGAGGAAAUUGCCAAACAUCAGCAAUCACUGGUGGAAUAUUUUAUCAUUGGACCAGGAGCUGCAUGUGAACUGACGUGUCUCUACUUUCAGGAGAGUUCAAUGACCCGCUGUCUCCAUGAGCAUUCACCAUAUCAACUCCUCUAUGGAAUUCCUUAUAUCUAUGAGGAAGUAUUGGGUCUGACCUUCCGAAUCUCUCCAGAUGCCUUCUUCCAGGUCAAUUCUGAGGGAGCAGAGAUCCUUUAUCAAACAGUUCGUGACCUGAGCAGGGUGGAUGGUGACUAUAUUGUGCUCGAUGUCUGCUGUGGUACAGGAGCUAUUGGCUUGACCUUGUCCCAAGGAGCAGCUAAAGUGAUCGGAAUCGAGCUCAUUGAACAAGCUGUAGAGGAUGCCCAGUGCAAUGCCAUUCUUAAUGGUAUUGCUAACUGUGAAUUCCUCAAGGGCAAAGCAGAAAUUGUUUUACCACAGCUGCUGCCCUCACUGGAGGAUGUCAAGUUCCUCAUUGCCGUUGUGAACCCAUCCCGGGCUGGACUGCAUUACAGGGUGGUGCGAGCAAUUCGUAAUUGUGAGCAGAUUCGGCAGCUUGUGUACAUCUCUUGUAAGCCAGAGGGUGAAGCCAUGAGAAACUUUGUCGAACUGUGCUGUCCACCUGACCAUCAGAAGAAGCUGUUUGGUGACCCCUUCACUCCAAGAGUAGCUGUACCUGUGGACAUGUUCCCACACACCUCUCAUUGUGAACUUGUGCUGCUGUUUGAGAGAUGAGCCCACAGCCAUCCUUUUGAGAAAGGACAUUGUUUUCAACAGCUGUACAGUUACUAGCCAGUGGAGCAAUGUUGCAGAAGUUAGUCAUUGGUUAUUGACUUUGGAGAGUGGAUUGGAAUGGACCUGAGCUGACGGAUCAUGAUACUUUCUCCAUAUUGGAGUGAUCAGCAGUAUAUUCGUGAACUUUGAAGUUCAUAUCUCAAAUGAAUGGUGAAUGAUUAUUUGUUUUUGCAGUUUUCUAACCAAACUUUUUAAAGAUGUUGCUGGAUGCCCAAGAACCUGUUGAUUCUCAGAUAUGGAAAUAUGUUGAUUGCAAUUCAAAUUGAAUCAUCUCAUACACAAGAAGAGCUAAUCCAACUGUUCUGGAAAAAUAUUGUUUACCGUUUAUUUUCCUUGCCUUAACACGCUUACUUUGAAUCAAUUUUCUUAAGUAAAAUUAUACUUUGUUUGAGCAAGUUGUAAUUUACCUGUAAGGCUCAAUUUCCCGGUCAUCUUGUGUGGAUUUGUACCAUAAUCAAAUAGUAAAAGUCAUGUCAUUAUUUUAAUGCAACACCUCACUUGCAUUUCCUACUGAGUGUAUGGUAGUUAUAAUGAUAGGCUGCACACCCAAUUUAAAUGGAUACAUCACAUGAAGCAUGUGUGAACAUGAA